AUGACCAAGGAACGGAUAAGCUCGGCGGAGCUGGCGCAGCGCAAGGAGGAGUACUACGAGCUGCUGGCCACCAGUGACAGCUCACUCCGAGAAGUGCUGAACCAGAGAGGCGGCCUCGUGCUCGCUCGCGUCGGACGCUACCAGCCCUGGCCUGCGAGGUUUUGCGAGCCGGGGGAGUUCGCCAAGAUGGCUCGGUAUCGGGCCAAGAAGGGCCAAGCUUGUGUCUACUUCUUCGGCAGCAGGAACUACGGCUGGGUCUCGAAAUCGUCCAUCCAGCCUUUCCCAGAAGACCUGACCACUCUUACAGGGUCAGCCAAAUACAACCAGGCUCUCAUCCAAGAAGCGUUGGACGAAGCCAAGUUCGUGUUGGACGUGACGGACGAAACUGGCAGGCGCUUCUUUGAUCGCAUUAUGGAGCGCAAGGAGGAGGCUGUUGAUUUGCCCUGCGAGCGCUGCAACCGAGUGGACGACCACUACUCGCUUCUUAUUUUGUGCGACGGCAAAAACUGCAAGCGGGAGUACCAUAUGAACUGUUUGAGCCCACCAUUGGAGUCGAUCCCCCCUGGAGAUUGGUUUUGCCCAGACUGCGAAAAAGAUCAGGAGAAAGAGCGUGAGAAGGAACGUGAAAAGGAGCAACUAAAGCGAGCGAAGGCGGAAGCGAUGGAUAAACAGGACGCUAGCGUUACGGAGGUGAAUGCGGUCGAUGGAGAAUUGCCGGUAGCCAAGACCCCCUCCGCGAAGAAGGUAGUGAAGAAGCACAAACUGAAGUCCAGAGACGGCACAGCGAAGCGUCGUUUGGCAUCCACUUCGCCUGAUCGCGUCGGAGUCUCAGUCAAAAAGCCCCGUGCAGGUCGUUCGUCGUCUCGGGAAGUAUCGCCACCGCCAAGAACGACGCCAAAGCGUUUAGAUGGCAGGAAAAAGAAGCCGUCUCAACUUUCGAUUCCUAGCAGCAGGGCUCAGCUUUUGUCCGACCCUGAAAGCGGCACAGCCGACGACGAACAACAAUCAGAGGAGAAAUGUCUGCUCUGCGGUUUUGGAGGAGAGCUGAUCGUGUGCGAAUUCCCAGCGUGUACCAAGGUAUACCACCAAUUUUGUUUGGGCGCCUACCCAUUCCCGAAAGAUGAAGACGCGACUUGGUAUUGUCCUCGGCACACGUGCGUGUUGACUGGGGAGAAGGAGCUGUGUGAGGACGGCGAGAAAACAACAAACAAGCUGAAACAUGCAUCUCCUCGGAAGGUGAAUGUCAAAAAUGUGCUGUGGAAGUGCAACCAGUGCCCUCUUGCUAUCGCGGAAGAGGCUCUCCCCCAGCUACCGCAGGGACAGAUUUUCUCCAAGAAAUCGCGGACAUUUAUGUGUCCUAAUUGCUACCUGAACGCGCCAGCUAAGGUUCAGCUUGCGAAAAGACUGGAAAAGAUCUGGUCAACGCUGGCAACGAAUCGACAGGGAAUGCCGUUCUGUGGACCGUUGCUGUGUGGUGUUGAGCCUGUGGACGGACAGUCGGAGGAUACGCGAACACAAUUGGACUUAUUCAAAGUGUUGGCGAGGAUUCGACGAUUGGAAUAUAGCGAAUCAGCAGGAUUUUCGCGAGAUAUCGACGAGGUGGUGGCGAAUGCGCUGGAUCUUAUUGCAAACCGCUCAUUCCCGCUAAUGGAAGCAGCGAAAACGCUAAAAAUUAUUCGUAACGAGCAGUUCGCAAUCCACCAGCAGAAGCUUGAUUUUCUGGAUACCAAGAUCCGACGCCUUCAGACUGAUGGGGAGAAUGGACGUGACGACGAUGACAAUUUGGCGGAUGCGGACAAGAAAAAAUGGCCUCUUCGAUGGCGCCAGGAAUGUGGGCCAUUCGAAGACAAAUAUUACGCGCUCCUGGACGCGAAGUCACUGGAGGAGUGGGCAGCGCUUGUUUCAGCAGCGCCUCUAUACGCAAGUGGGGAUGAGCUCGAUGCUCGGAGUGCUGUCGGAGCCGAUAUGAGUGACGAGUUAAGUGGAGGUGAAGAUGAAACUCAGCAGCGAAGCAGGAGCCCGUCAUUAGGCUCCGCGAAUGAGUUGUCUGGUCCUCCAGCUGCCACUCGGGUGGAAUCGGGCCUUAGCUUGUCGGAAGGAACGGAUGUGAUGAUCGCCUUCGGUGAUUUGUCUAAGCCAGGUUGCGGCACCCAGAAGCGAAGGUUUGGUGGUGAGCAAACGAAGGAGCUGGACAGCAUGGAUACCCGCGAGUUUUUCCUGUCGCCAUCCACCAGCGAGAUGCAGCACAUGUUUGAUCAGCAAUCUACCCUCCUCCGCAGCGCAUUAGAGGCACACUCAACAUUGCAACGGUCAUGGCUUAUCAGUCAGCAAGAUAUGCUAGGUCUUGGUGGGCGUGGUGGGUUCUCUGUUGGAGAAGGCCGACUUGCUGCAGAACUACGACUGGCGAACAAGAAUCUCCGACAACGAUUGCGAAACAAAGACAAACUGGUUGAUCAACUGACCUCGGAUCACAUGGCACUGCGAGCAGAAGUGAUCAACCUCCAGCGAGAGCUCUCGCAAAGCAAGAUCCGUGCCAGAGAGCUGGAAGAACAGAUUGCCACGGCUGGAAGCAUCAAUCAAGGCCGCCCCGACGACGCUCAUGCCGGCAACAGCAAGACUGUCGUUUCCAACGGAGAAAUGGCAGCUACACCAGAUCGAAGUACGGAUGAGGAGCACAUGUUCUCGUAAGCCCAGUACUACGCUCCCUCCAAAGGGUGAUGGUAUUCUUCACGGGACCUGGCUUGCACUAGCAAUCCAGCCUUUCGCGCGUCUGAGGGUUCCCAGCUUCGAUGAGGGACACAGUCAGCGCGAAGAGCUUCUGGGUUGGGUGGGUUCCAAGUAAAUGGCGUGCAAUAUCAUGUGAACACCUAAAAACACGGCAUUGUUGUAACUAG